GCGCUGAGGAUGGGGCUGGCCUAGUGUGGGAGGGGGAAUUGGAAGCUUGGGGGAGGAGCCUGUGCACCAGCCACUGUCCGAGUUCUGCCAGCAAUCGAGUCCGAGUGUCUGGUUAUUACUGUACCGCCACUCGUGCGCCGCGGUACUACAGAGUCGCUGGGUUGCCGGGUCCGAGUAGCUGCGCGCGCGAGCGGCAGCAGGGAAUGGAAACAGAAAACACGGGCAGCUACUCUCUUCAGCAAGCUCAAGCUUUUUAUACAUUUCCACUCCAACAAAUGAUGACUGAAGUUCCUAAUAUGGCAGUUACGAAUGCACAAGAAAUGCCAACUGAAGUUCCAGCCCCAACACCUGCUCAGGAACCCACGCAAGAGACUCCUCCAAAAGGAAGGAAAAGAAAACCCAGAACAACAGAACCGAAAACGCCAGUGGAGCCCCCAAAACCUGCUGAGGCCAAAAAGUCUGGCAAGUCCACAAAGUCAAAAGAAAAGCAAGAAAAAAUUACAGAUACAUUUAAAGUGAAAAGAAAAGUGGACCGUUUCAAUGGUGUUUCAGAAGCUGAACUUCUGACCAAGACUCUACCAGACAUUUUGACCUUCAAUCUGGACAUUGUAAUUAUUGGCAUAAAUCCAGGACUGAUGGCUGCUUACAAAGGGCAUCACUACCCUGGGCCUGGAAACCAUUUUUGGAAGUGCCUAUUUAUGUCAGGGCUGAGUGAGGUCCAACUGAGUCACAUGGACGAUCACACUCUACCAGGGAAAUAUGGUAUUGGAUUUACCAAUAUGGUGGAAAGGACAACACCAGGCAGCAAGGAUCUUUCCAGUAAAGAAUUUCGUGAAGGAGGACGUAUUCUAGUGCAGAAAUUACAGAAAUAUCAGCCACGAAUAGCAGUGUUUAAUGGAAAAUGUAUUUACGAAAUUUUUAGUAAGGAAGUUUUUGGAGUAAAGGUUAAGAACUUAGAGUUUGGACUUCAACCCCAUAAGAUCCCAGAUACAGAAACUCUCUGCUAUGUGAUGCCAUCAUCCAGUGCAAGAUGUGCGCAGUUUCCUCGCGCCCAGGACAAAGUGCAUUACUACAUUAAGCUGAAGGACUUAAGAGAUCAGUUGAAAGGCAUUGAACGAAACACAGACGUUCAAGAAGUGCAAUAUACAUUUGACCUACAGCUCGCCCAAGAGGAUGCAAAGAAGAUGGCUGUGAAGGAAGAAAAAUACGACCCGGGUUAUGAAGCAGCGUAUGGCGGUGCUUACAAUGAAAACCCCUGCCCUGGUGAACCUUGUGGAUUCUCUUCAAAUGGGCUGGCUGCUGACAAUGGAGAAUCAACUUUCAGUGACAUUCCAAAUGGACAGUGGAUGACCCAGUCGUUUACAGACGAGAUCCCUUCAUUUAGUAAUCACUGUGGGACGCAAGAACAAGAAGGAAACCACGUUUAAGGAUGGUGUUUUUCAGCCCUGCUUAAAUGCUGCAAUUUUAAUGCAGUUGUCAAGUGGCCCUCGGUUUGCUAGCUGAAGCAUUUUAUUCGUAUUUUAUUCAGGUGUUGUGAUCAAGGUACAGUGGAGUCAACUGUACGGACCUAAGUAGUUUGGAAGGAAAAGGGUUUUUCUGUAUAUGAGUUUUUGUAUUUGAAUUAACCAUCAUUCCAGCUUUUUUAUAAAACUGUAUUUCAUUUAUGAAGAAAUUAAUUUUCUUUGGGGCGUCACUUUUAACCUGUAAUUUAAAAAUGCAAGAGUCUGCAUCUUUACACUUGACUAUGAACUGUGCAUAAACUUAGAUGCACCAUUCUCCCUUUUCAUGCCUAAGAAGGGCAUGCUGCUAAUAAGAUUCCUGCUGGUAAAGAGACACGUGUGCUGAUUUUCAUCUAUGAGCUUAACCCUUGAUGGAGUCUCAUCUGGUAGUUUUUCACAGUGUUUAAUAGGCUUCCUGACUUGUGGUCACACUCAGGCCUCCUUGCUUUACCAGUGGUGAGCAUUUGUGAGGUUGUUUUGCCCUAGAAAUAUAGAGUAUGGCCUUGCAGCAGCAAGGUUAACCCGGCCUUACCUUGCAGGGCAUGAGCCCUGCCUUUGGUCCUCUCACCCCCAUCUGCUGAUCCUCUAGUAGGAAGAAACUAUUCUGCUGAGAUGGUAAGUUCCAGAGAAUGCAGAAAACCUUAUUAAACUUUCCUACUUCAUCUGUGUUUUACUUGAGAGACAUAACAUUUGAUAGGAAGGAGACUGAACUUCUCUCUCAGUAUCUAUCACCAUUCUAAUUUUAUCCUCCUUGACUUUUAGCAUGUAACAUAGAAAUGAUGAGAAAUGAACUUUCAGGUUGAGUAACAAGAGGCUGGAGGUUGUUUGAUAAUCUUAUUUAAACUGGUGCUUUAUGUACAUGAGAUGUACUAAAAUAAAUAAUACAGAAUUUUUCUUGCUAGAUAAAUCAAGUAAGCCAGUAAUUUUUUAAAAAUUAUCUGCAUCAUUGCUGUUUGUUACUGUGGACUAAGUGAACCUCAUGUCAAGGUUAGUUUGAAAUAAUGUACUUUUGUGAUUUUCUAAUGCUUAUUCCAUGGUGCUACAAAUAGUCCAGACUACUAGGCCUGGUGGAUAUCAAAGCUGGGUAUUCAGAAAUGCCACUUGCAUUUACUCCUGAUCACAGCUGAAUAUUCUGAUUUUAUUCCUACCCAGGGAGCAUGUUGUUUCUCAAUAUGAAAAUAUUUAUGAAGUUUUUUUUUCCUAAAAGAUUAUAUAGCCUGUUCUUUUUAUAAUAAGAGAUACAAAUUCUUGUGAAUUUUAACAUGGUUUUUAGCUGUAGCCAUGAUGGAUUUUAUUUUUCCCUUAGUCUAGGUCAAGCCAUGUAAAAGUCAUUCAUGUUAUUUAAAUCAUGUACUGUAUUGCUGUUUACAUGGAUGUUUUGUGCAGGUGCUUUUAUGUGCCUUGCAUCAGGGAUUAGGAACAAUUUAAUUAUUUUUUCAUGGGAUUAUGUAAAGCAUGUAACUAGGUAUUGCUUUGGUUUUUAAUGAUUGUAGUCUUUACAUAGAUUGGUUUUUGUUUUUUGAAUGGAGAAAAUAUCCUUUAAAUUAUGGUGGAUACUCACUAGAGAAUGGGUUUUAAGGAUUUUUCCAAGCAUACAAUAAUGGUGUUUUCAUUAAAUAUGACAGAUGAAUAGUACAUGUUGAUAUACACUAUACAUGAGAAUAUGAGACUUUUUCAUUAAAUAAUAUUGAAAAAGUUUUAAAAUUCAUUUGAAAGUCUGAUUGUUUUUUACAAUAAAAAAUAUUGAGAAUGAUUAUCCUUAA